AUGGCCUCCGCCGCCGUAGAGGAAGGAGGAGGAGGAGGAGGAGGCAGGCGGCCACGCAAGAUCCUGCCCAAGGAGGCCGUCGUCGAGCAGGCGCCAAGCCACGACGGAGCUCCGUGCUUCACCGCCUACACCGUCGACGCCGAGCAGACCACCCGGCCCCUCUUUGCGCUCCGCAUCUACGACACAACGCCCGAGGCCGAGGCGGGAGAAGGCGCCGAUCGCACCCGCCAGCUCGCCCUCGAUAUACACUCGGGCACCGAGUUUGAGCGCUGCGACACUGCGCCUGCCGUGGACCGCGACCGCAUCGAGGUCGUCCGCCUCCCCAUGCCCGCCGACACGCCCGACGAGCAGCGCAUCGAGCGCUGCCAGGCACACCACAUGGCCGAGGUGAGGGCACGCACCACAUCCCACCGCGCUGAUUUCUACCUGCCCGCGACAUUUGACACCGAGGGCUGGUGGCGCGGCCUUGUCAUCAUCGACCGCCUCGAGAACGGCUGGGAGGGCGUGACGCUCAACCGGCCCCGCCCGGAGAAGGGGUUCACGUCCGAGGGGGGCAUGAUCCCUCCUUCAGCGAGGAGGACGGAUCCCCACGGGGGGCUCCUGUACGUCCGGUGGGAGCUGACGGAGCUGGCGAGGCGCGAAAACGAGCACGAUCCCCUGCCGGAGGUGGCUGUCUCGCAAUACCCCAUCUACAGACUGGCGAACUGCCUCGCGGAUCUGAGAGAGCACAUGCAAGCAUUCCGACAGUUUGUCCAAGAAGGUGGACUGGAGAGAGAGCUUGAGGCUGAGUCUCCUUAA